CUCAUGUUUCAGUUGCGUUCGCGGUGAGAUCCUGUAAGUAUGUGGUGUUCGUUUGGGAGUUCUAGGUUAGGAGUAUUUUUCCCCUUCUACUGAUUCAAUGGGUCAAGGAUUUCGUUAACAAAUGUGUGUGAUUUUGAAUGCCAUUUCGAGUGUGUUUGAAAUAUAGAGUAAAUAUCAAGUGCAAUGGAUGCAACUUUGAUAACAGGUCCAGAUGUUCUCUGCAUCCUCUAAUCAAACGCCCUCAAUCUAUGUUGAGUCACUUGGUACAUCAUUGCGAGGCUCGGAACUUUCUCUCACAAGUGAAGUACAGUGACACAACAUACGCACAGGAUCGCCAUUUUGAGCGUCAUCAGCCGAAGCCAUGUCGUACACUACAGAGUCUCCUUACAUUCCUAAUGGGAACGGCCUGGUGCAGACUCUGCCAUCCGAAAUGGUACCACAACGGAAGAGCAAGGACCGGGGUCGCUACCCUCCUUGCAAUUGCUGCCCUUAUGGCUAUCACAUCGACCUGGACUUCGUGAGGUACUGCGAAGCUUUGUCGCAGGGCAGCGAAAUGUCGGCCAGCAAACAAAGACGCCGGGAACGGCGUCGUCAGCGCCAGUCCAUGGAAGUUCUUCUUGGUCUCACAAGCCCAACGGUGUGGAAUCUGGAGCAGCAGCUACCGAAGAUUCCUGUGGAAAUCUGCCCGACACCCGCACCACCUGAUCCAGCACGUGCCAAUGCUAUGGUUCGCGACGCCUUGCAUAAAGCAGUUUUGGAUUUUGAAGAAACCCUCCAACGAUCACAUCCCAAACAAAUCAGCUACAUAGCCAUUCCGGACAGCCCAGGACAAGGCACAGCAGUGGACAUUACGGAAACCGACGUACCUGGACCAGGUAUGAGUCUCAUGCAACGUACUGAGUCCGUGUCUUCGAUGUCCAGCAUGUCUGCGGCUUCAAGUUCUGCGACUGCUGGACAAAACGGCAACGGUCAACCCAUCGCCAAUCAUACCACAUCACACGAUGAUACAGGACUUCUACAGGACUUUGACGUCGCCAGUGUUGGAAGUGCAGCAUCUGGACUCAGUACGGGAACUUUGCAGAAUAUCCGAGAGCAAAUGGCCAUCAGUCUGGAGCGAAUGAGGGAACUGGAGGAACAAGUGAAAUUGAUACCAGUUCUACAGGUACAGUUGUCUGUUCUGAAAGAGGAGAAACGGCAGAUGCUGUUACAGCUUCGACUUGAAGAGGCUGAAAGGAAUAAGAGAAACACAGUCGACGAUUUUUCAGCAGCAUAUAUGAAGGGUCAAGGAAGCAAGGACUCUGAAGGAGAUCCUUCACUGAGGAUACGCUCUCAGUCCUGUUCGGAUGGCUCGGAUAGGAACUACCCUCGAAGCUCUAGUUUCAAGGCAGUCAGAAACAGUUCACGAGACAUCGGAAUCACCUGCUCUGUCAUAACACGGGAAGUAGGGGUGUCACCACAACGGCCUAGGCUUCGCAACGCAAAGACGAAUACACGUACCGCCCUCCAACGGCUAAGUCUGAGCGGCGUGAACACCGAAGAAAUUCCACCUGAUGACUCUCAAAGCCUACCGACAGCUAUCCGCCCUUUGAGCCACCUUCAUAAAAAACUUGUUAAAGUCUCUCCUAUGAAUGCUAUCAACUUCGAAUCCGUUCUUAAGAGUGCCAACACAAAAACGUCUGCAACCAACACUGACCUUCUUAAGGACCAUGUAUACUCAGAUGUGGAAAUGGAUCGUAACAUCAACAAAGCGAUUCAGAUGUACGAAAAAACUUUCAGUACUAGACUGCAUCCAAAGGACACUAGAGACAUAGGAGUUCAAAUAGGGAAGGUGCCAGAAAUUACGCCGGUUUUAUUGAUCAUAGAGCGACGCGAUGUUGCCGUCCAGUCCGAAGAUAAUCACUGCCGUCGGGAAGCCUUCAGUCAGACUGAAGAUAUACCACGGCGGCUUAUUGAAAUUGGCGUUUCUGCAAAGCCUCGCUACGUCGAAACCGCGGUUCAAGUGAGACCCAGAACAAGGGAUUUUGGUGCAUCGGACAACACCGUCAACGAUGUACUCUGCGAUAAAUGUAAGGUGAAGAAACGAAGUAUUGGUGUCGGUCAUUGUUCUGUCACAAAUCUCGUAGCAGAAGAAGAGACGUCACUUUCUCUCAGCAACAUUGGCAUUCUACAAAAUAAGCUGCCCGAUCACUCCUCACCACGAAUCAAGAAGGAAGUGGCUGUUAGAUCAAUAGGCUGCGGAACGCGUAACAGCGCUGUUGUCUCCGAAGGAACGGACACGGAAGAUCUUAACAUUAGAAGAAGCCGCGACUUUGGAGUCAACACAACGAAAAGGAAAUUAGUAGAUGCAGCUGUUGGGGACGAUACGAGACGCAGAAAUUCCGGUUGCGGUGUGUUUUUGUGUGACAAAUGUGAUGUGGCAAUUCAGAAUGUCGCCAAGAAUAUGUUAACACAAAAGUCUGAUUCCACGAACCCUAGUCCAAGUGUUACCGCUGUCGUUACUUUACCCACCACAAACAUUUCGAAAACAAGUCCGAGUGCAACCAUUUCGCGUAUACCCAGGCCUACUCCCGCCCGUGGUGCUAUCUACACGUCUACGACGACAACUGUGCACUCUCCAAUAAUGGCGAAAGAGAAACAUCGUAUUCAGAGGCAGGAUACUUACACGAAACUGCAAGUCGAUGCUGAAAACAGACACACAACGGCGACGCCGAUACAGGAGAAGAGCAGGCAUGAAACAUCACCACCAUGCCCUGCAGAAAGGCUUCUGGCAAUGCAGGCAAGCAGAUCUCGGGAGCAAGAGAACAAGUGCAUGGCAGAUCAUGGGAAAGAGUUGAUUUGUUCAGAUGCCAAAGAAGGCGACAGAGAAAGUCCAGAAGAAGAGACGCAUGCUCUUAUGGACACUGGUCUCUUCCAGCCUAUACAGCAUGAUACAAGAAAAAAAACGGAGCCAAGCAAGGAGAUGAAAGCUGCAUUAAAAGUAUUGAAUGACUAUUUAAGGAAAUGUCCCAUCACAAGUGUGCCACAUCAUUUGAAAAAUGCUAGCAACAUUGUUCAACAGGAAUGGUUUAAGAUAUCAAGUACAGCUUCUGCAAAUCCUCUGAAUGUGGAGGAUUACUUAGAUUGCUUUGAGGAGAUGUCGAGCAUACUGCUGGAGUAUGUUGUGAAUAUGACAGACAUGAGUGGAAAUACUGCAAUGCAUUAUGCAGUGUCUCAUGGAAAUUUUGAUGUAGUCUCUAUUCUGCUGGAUUCAAAGGUGUGUAACAUCAACAGACCAAAUGCUGCCGGUUACACUUGUGUGAUGCUUGUAUCAUUGGCUCAAGUUCGUUCAGAGACACAUCGGCAAGUGAUCCGUCGCUUGUUUCAGCUUGCUGAUGUCAAUGUUCGAGCAAAGCAGCAUGGUCAGACAGCUUUAAUGCUUGCUGUUUCCCAUGGUCGCCUGGACAUGGUGCAGUUGCUGGUUGAGGCUGGGGCAGACAUGAACAUUCAGGAUGAGGAUGGAAGCACAGCACUGAUGUGUGCAGCAGAGCAUGGACACACUGAAAUUGUGAAACAUCUGUUAAACCAGCCUGACUGUGAUGCUUCUAUUAUGGACUGUGAUGGCAGUACAGCAUUAAACAUUGCAAUGGAUGCAGGAAAUAGAGACAUAGGUGUACUUCUGUAUGCCCAUGAGCACUUUUCUCGUGGGAGCUCUCCAUACACGUCGUUACGACAUAGACGUUCCAAGAGUGCCACUCCUACCAUGCUGUCAGGCACUUCCCCAUCUCCAAGUCCAGUACGGGAGAAGGUGCCACAUCAUGAGCAGGCUAUGUGAGCUGACUCAUGACAAGACAAUACUCUGAAGAGAUCUGUUUUUACUUUAAUCCCACUUUAUAUUAGUUGAUGUAUUUACUGACAAGGAACCUUGUGAACAUGAAGUCUCCUCAUUAGCACACAAAAUCUCACAUAUUACGGUUUUUAAUUGUGUAUGAAAUUAUUUAAAUGACCCCUAUGUAAAAUUCUGAUAUAUAUAUAUAUAUAAUUUGUUUUAAAUUUUCAUAAUAUCAAUUUGUGCUCCCUUUAAUCAUUGUGGUCUUCCAUUAUCUAUACAUAUGUAUUCUGCAAAUUAGCAGAUAGGAACUUUAUAUCAAAGAACCUUGGGCUGGUGUAAUGUGGACCAUUGCAGUGUACAAUAGAAAUUCCAUUUAAUGUUACAAUUUAGUGGGAGUAUAUGUUGGUUAUCCCUUUUUCUCUGAACUGGUUGAGUCUCGUAGGAAAUUAUUAAUCUUUGUAUUUGAGGUUUGGCUUAAUAAUUGCAACAGCAUUCAGAAUUAUUUGAUAGGACUGAUACUGGUGAAGUUUCAUCACUGUGACUUUGAUUGCAGUAAUGAUGGAAUGUAAGUGAACAGAGUACAGUAUGGGCCUGCCUACCCUCUUUCCCCACAAGAUAUAACAAACCGCUGAAUUACAGUUGCAGUUACCAGGCCAUAACAAUACACCCCCCCACUCAUGUCCCCAAUUGUCACACCAUUUCAUGAAGGAAAAAAAUUCAGAAAUUACAGGUACAAGAAUUAAUGUGUAAUAUUAUGAAGUUUUUAGUAUAACCAAAGUUCCUAAUUUGGUUGAUCCCAGAUAUAGUAGUAAUACUUUUGUGUCCCUGUAUUAAACUAAGAAAAUAAUAUCUCAUUCUUUUGUCUAUUUAGUUUUCUUUAUAUUACUGCGGGAUAUAAAUUUCUUCAUUGGAUUUUGAUUAACAGUUUGGCACAGUAUGGCUGGUUUUGAGAUUGUUAAGAGGAGUUUGCUUGUACGCAUUUUGCCAUGUACAUCACUGUACAUCACACUUCUACUGGAAGUAAGUGAUGGGCCAUGCAGUUCUAUAUUGUUAUGAAGAACUCAUCAGUUAUAGGUGUUGACUAUUAACAUUGUUAUGAACCAUAUCUAUUGAAAGAAAAACAAAGCAAAGUUAGAAAAUAACAAAAUUUGUAGUACUGCAUAUGAAGUGAGCAAAAGAGCUGUAUGUGGUUUUGAUGUAAAGAGACAUGCAAUAUGUUA